CCCCGUUGCCUGACCUCCACUGCACGGUGUUCUCUCCGUAAUUGCUGCUGUGACUGCUAAGACGAGCCCCUAAACCGAUCUUCUUGCUUCGGGUAUCAGGGGAAAACGGCCCCCCUCGUCGGAAGUUUAAUCGGUGUUUGGUCGAGGCCUUGAUACAUCACACGAACAAUGGCUUCCCACACGAAAAAAGACGACUACUGUCUGGAAUGCCAUUGGGAGGCCUUCCAUUUGGACGGAAAAGAUUCGGAAGACUCGCAGGAGACGACUCCUGCGGCUGCCACGGCCACUGCCACGGCCACUCACCAGCCGUCGCAAUGGGAUUGUCCGGGUGAGGAACACCACGCCUCGCUGGCUCAUUGUGAGGUCGACGAAACUUGCUGUGACGAGGAUCAUUGUUCCGUCGAUUGCGGCUCCGUCUGCGAUGGUUUUGUCGAAUGCGACGAGUCCACGGCUUGCUCUGCAGUGCACUGCGAUGACAACUGCGACGACAAUAACUGCGACGAUAACUGCGAAAAUCCCGAUCCGGCCUGUUUCGAGGAUCAUUGCUUUGGGCACAAUGACAGCCAUGUCCAUGGCACGGACCACAGCCUCGAGUCCCUACUAGGGCUGGGUGCCCCUCUCACCCUCGAGUCCAAUGAUCUGCUUCCCUCGGCUUCUCUCGACCAUUCAUCGGAAGACCAACUAUCUAAAGCCACCGGGAAUCCUGGGUUCAUGGGCCCAACCCCUUCCGCAGACCAUUUCAUUUCUCCCUUUUCGACUACUCUGCCUCACUGCCACCCCCAAAACAUGCCCCAUUUUCACUGCCAUGACUUUCCGAAAGAGGUUCAUGACAACUUGAUGAACCCGUCCUAUCCUUUACCCAACGCCGUGAACCCGGCCGAAGUAUUCCACAUGCUGGGCAUGUGUCCUGACCUGUCGGCCUGCCAGAACUUCCAUGUCCAUGAAGACCAGACCUUUCACCAUCAACCUCCAUCGGAACCCCCGACCCAGACCCCGAGUCAGAAUCAGAGCCCUGAUCCAAACUCGUUCGCUUGUUUUCACAUCCCGCAUUUCAACGUUAAUGAUCUCAUGAAAAGCCCCGCCCAACUGAAUGGUAACGCCUCGAGGGGACCAUGUCGCUCACAUCACCGAUGCCGGUCCCAUGCUCAUGCUCAUACCCAUCACCAUCCGUACGCUCACUACUCGCCCUUCUCCCGCCACUCGCGAUCUAGCAUCAGCUCGCAACUCCUGUCCAGCCCCGGCGAGUCCCCGCCGCCGCUGGAGGGGGGUUCCUCGGUCCUCACCAGUCCGGACUUCAGUCCUACGGACCGCGACCUGCACGUCUGCAAAUGGGUCUCGAGCUCGAACGGCAUCAAGACCACCUGUGGGGCCACCUUCCCGGACUCUUGUGCUCUGCAAGAGCAUUUGAUCUCCCGGCACAUGGCCACGGUGGAGGGCGCCAAGGGGACUGGGUACUAUUGUUGCUGGGAGGGGUGCCACCGGCCGGACGAGCCGUUCUCGCAGAAGUCCAAACUGCAGGGGCAUUUCUUGACGCACAGUAACUAUAAAAACUUCCGAUGCUCUGUCUGCGGCAAGUUCUUCGCGCGUCAGGCCACGCUGGAACGACACGAGCGCAGCCACCGCGGCGAGAAGCCGUACAAAUGCUCGGUGUGCGGGAAGUCGUUCACCGACAGCAGCGAGCUGAAAACCCAUUCGCGGACACACUCGGGCGAGAAGCCAUUCAAGUGCACGUAUCCGGGGUGCAACUUCCAGACCGGCGACUCUUCGAACAUGUCCAGUCAUCGACUAACUCAUGGCGAACGCCGACACAAGUGUAUAUACCCGGGGUGUACUAAGAGCUUUACCCGACCUGAUCAAUUAAAACGACACAUGCGGUCCACACACAAAGACGAGACAUCCAUGAUGUCUCCGCUGACGGACACAUUCGAUCUCUCCUUUCCCACGGUGGCAUAGCGGGCGUUCGGCAACCGGCGUUGAUCUACGGAGUACGAAGCAUAUGUACGAGGGAGGGAUGUUAUGAUACCUAGUGUUGUUUGAUUGUUUUGAAUAUGGCUAUGGAUAUGAAUGACGAGUUGAACGACGAUGUCAUGUCUGUAUAGUACACAUAUACA